AUGACAUCUCAUAGGAUAGAAGUAUGCCACUCAGCGGAUCUGAAGAAGUUGUUGUUGGAAGCGGGCGUUGUAUGCGCGCGGACAGUGGCCGAAUCCGAGGAAACGUCGCUAAGUUCGGAGGAGACUGUCAAAGAUGUGCCCGGUCAAGAAAUAGAAGCAGAACACGAGGAAACAGUAGUACAUGAGGAACCAACGUAUUCUAUUGAAGAGAUUAUUGAGGAACUGCCAGAAAUAUUUCCUACGCCGUCUUUGAGGAAAAUAUUACCCGAUAAAAUAAGAAUGAUAGAAAAACAUAAUCGAAUUCACGUUCUACCAGAAGUAUUCAACACUGAUAUAGAUCCUAUGAAGAUACCGAGGAUAUCUAGUACACAUGCCCAGAAGUAUAUAAAUGAUUUAGCUGAAAUCACAGGAUGUAAGAAUUAUAUGAACAGUUUAGCGGAGUUCUGGUUUUUGGAUACUUUAGCUAAUUUGUUGAGACGGGCUCAGGAAGAUGGUUUCGAAAAAUCUUCUCAGGUUGUACUUAUUCAAUGGUUUUGCGAGUGGAUGAAGGAGAUUCAACACUUUGACGCUGCGACCAGACAACGUAUGCUCAAGAGAUUUAAGGACACCAUGUUGCUAGCUGCAGGUUACCUGGCCCAGUACGACGAGCUGCCUGUCCCCGCGGACGUGGGAGUGUCAUACAAGCCGGAAGAGACGGCGAACGCCAGCCUUCCCCCCAUGGCAACUGCCUCAAAGCAUCUCGUCACCUUUGAAAACUUUCAAUGCUGUCUCACUGAUUUGACGAAGAUAAUUCAUUAUAUUUUUGAUUUAUUUAGUUCAGACUUCCAGUACGAUCUGAUCCGAUCAGUGUUCACGUGCACGCCGGAGUAUCGGAUAAUAGACGUACCGCACACAUUACAGCAACCGAAGCGUUUCUACACGACCUACAAAUCUAAGUCUAAAGAGAAGGCGCCCAAAAAGGAAAAGGAACAAAAAACGGCCAAAGGGAAGAAGAAAGAAGUCGAAUCUGAACAAUUCUUACAUUUAGUCCAACUUCAAAACGAAAUAGAGCGUGAAAAAGAGGAAGAAUUCGAGAAGGAGAGAGAAGAUUGGCACAGACGCAGUCAUUUGCUGCCGUUGUCGUUUGCGGUGACAGAUGAGUUCUUUGACAAGUACUGGCCUCCGCCUACACCAGAAAUAGUUUCAAUACCUGAAACUGAACCUAAAGGGAAGGGAAAGAAGAAAUAAAUGUACAUUCUUUCAUUUUUUGAAAAUCUUCAACUAUUAAUAUAACGUUUUAAUA